UCCCCGGAGCUGGACAAGUUUGACACGUCCCGGCUCCUGGCUGGACCGAGAGCACCUCGACGCAGUCGCCACAUUGGGUCUGCUAGGGGGACAGAUUUUUUGCUGCCACCCACUGCCGGACCUGGAUUGUUCCCAAGCAAAAAAACCAUGGCUCGUUCCGGGAAGGCAAAGGCACGCUCCAGACGCUCUGGGUUUGCUGCGAUGACUUCUCGCGUCAAUUCACACUGGGCUGGGUCACCGCACCCAUCCACGCAUAACGAUACCGAAUCCCAACUUACCAUGCAGCAGGAGGCACAUAACACAGGAAGACACAGUGUUUCCUGGGAGACCUCCCAACUGCGCUUCAACAAAGUCAACUUUGUGAAGGCCGGCAGUAUGUACUUGGACAAGCUUAACGAAGAAACAGCAGAACCACAGCAGGAGUCCCGGGAGACGGACGCAGAGACACAGCCUAAACACGAAACAGCAACAGAUACCAUCGAUGGAGCAGAGGACACUGGGAACACGCUAUUUUUCGUCGAUAGUCUUGGUGAUAAGCCUGCCACGACUGGGCUCCUCGACCCGGUCGCCCGGCUAGAACUCUCGAGUGCGGAGGAUUCCAGUGAGGACGAGGUUGUCUUUCCCGGCAGAAAUGCCCGUAGCGAAGGGCAUCCUAGUUCUCGUGAGAAGUCUCGAGAGGGUGUCCGCAAGUAUGACGACGAUGUUGGCAAUUUUUUGUCUCCAGCAGUCAGUGGAAAUGUCAAGCCCGUGGAUCAGAAGCAAUUAGAUACCGAGCGUGCUGAUCCUGGCCACGGUACAUCUUCCGCCAUCGAUACUGGAUCAGAUUCUGUCGGGCAGAGCUCACAACUCCAUGCGCACAGCACGACCGGCGAACCUGGAAUCACUUCAAAAAGAGCGGAAACAGGAAUUAUAGAAUUCAAGCAGGUUGAUAUCCUUGCGGAUUACAUCGAGAAUAUAGAUCCCGAAUACCUGGGUGCUGGGUCCGAUCAGGAUCGCGAGGGAUGGAACACAGAUAAUGCGCUUGAUUCAUCGGACUCGGAUGAUGAAGGUCAACUACCAGACGGCCAGGCUUCCGAGGUCAUUGUUGGCAAACAAGAACGGAAAUCCAAAGGAAGCAGGAAAUCAGACAUCGUGUCCUCCGGUGACGAGUCAAUGAGUUACUCAAGUUCUGAACUCGAGGGCGACGACAUGCCUUCUGAACGUGAUGAGCAAAGUCUGGCUGGAGAAGAAUCCGAGGAUUACAGCGACGAACAACUCGCACGUGCCCUCCAGAUGCAAGAAGGACUAGGAGUUACGCUCGAUGAAAUAGUACUGUUCGACUCGAUAUCGAACCCUAGGAUGUCGCGAGUCUCAAACCCCAAACCCGGGAAAUCUGAUGGACGGUCAAGACAGAAGAACAAAGCCUCGAGAGAAAGCAUGUUCGUGUCGGCGUCGGCUUUGGCGGAUGCCCUCGACGAGGAUCCUUACCAUGGCUUUGAUAUCAUGGAUUUUGAUAGGCCCAGUCUCAGGAAGAAGCCGAAGGGAAGGCGUCGGGGCAUCAAUUUUGAGCUAUCCGACAGUGAAACCGAAGAACAACUAGAAAGGGCAUGGCGAAACGACCGGGAAAGGAAGAAGAUCAAGAAGCAGCAAAGGGAGGAACUUCGUUCCCAAGGGUUGCUAGGCCGCAAACCCGGGAAGCUCGAUAUGAAAGCCAAGUACUCCAAGGGCAUCAGCAUUGACAACGUAAGGUCGGAGAUAAGGUCCUUUCUCCUGUCAUCAGCGGAGAGUCUUCCCCUGCCACCGAUGGGUAAGGAAUACAGAAAAUUGGUACAUGAGAUCGCGAACGCAGUGUCACUGAAGUCUCAAUCACGAGGAAAUGGCCCCUCCAGAUUUCCAGUGCUCUAUAAGACGUCUCGGACGCCGAAAUUCACGCAGAGGGAUAUUCCCAACAUUGACAAGGCUUUCUCCAGAGGAGGACGCCCAAGAGGUCAUGCGGGUGGCAAAGGCACUCAGCCAUCGAGCAAAAGGGGUCGACCCAACGCAGCAGCCUCCUACGCGGAUGGCGAUAUUGUGGGCGCGUCUGCGCCGGAAAUCGGUGCGGAGAACAAGGGCAGGGCAAUGCUCGAGAAAAUGGGCUGGAGUAGCGGGACCGCCUUGGGGGCACAGAAUAACAAGGGCAUACUGCAUCCCGUCGCCCAUGUUGUUAAGAAUUCUAGAACCGGGCUAGGAUAAUAUGGCAAGUUAUGCCUAAUGUUACUAGAAUAUCCUGAUAGAGUUAACUGUCAAUGCAUUGGACAUAUCCAAGACGUCGUUGUUGUGUAUCCCUUGGCCGAACGAUCGAAGCCGUCGGGCAUCGAAUCACGGAGAUAGUA